CAGCCAUGUGUGGGUGAGAAAGCUCUUCAUUUCUGUGUGCUAAACUUUAGCUUUGUCAGUGUUUUUGUCUUCAGGAACAAGACACAAGGGGAGGGGAAGGGAGAAGAGAGGAAGGGGGGCAAAUAUGUCGGCAAUGUCGCAACGAUGACUUUGUCAGCCUCUUUCUGUAUCUUUUUGUGGAAAUGUGACUGCGUCGAUUUACAUUUUUUUAUUCGGAUUUGUUGUGGUGUCAAUAUGUAUUUAGCGAAACAAACAUAAUGAAGGACAAACCAUGGACAGGUUGUGAGUGGACCAGAACUUAACCUCUUCCCUUACUGGAGGGAAACACACGGACACGUGAGGAACCUACCUAAAUUCUUGGCUCGCCGUGCGAGGCUUGACCCUUGACUUUUAUCUCUUUGUGCUGCUGGUAAAAAGACAAGUGCAUCCAGAGAGGGUCUCUUAAGCAAACAGAGACCCCCCUCCCAAAGGUGAGAGGGGGGGGGAAGAUGGCAGCUCUUGCCAGUUCUCUCAUCAGACAAAAACGGGCAGUCAAGGAUGACCAAGCCAACCGGCCAAUAGCCACCAAACGCAAGCCGUGCCCCAAGAGCAACAAGUCUCUUUGCCAGAAACAAAUUCUUGUUCUCAUAUCAAAAGUACGGUUAUGUGGCGGCCGCAGAGGAAGAACAGACAAAAGACCAGAGCCACAGCUAAAAGGCAUCGUCACCCGUCUGUACAGCCAGCACGGCUACUACCUGCAGAUGCUGCCGGAUGGCACCAUGGACGGCACAAGGGACGAGAACAGCUGCUUCUCACAGUUCAACUUGAUUCCUGUGGGUCUGCGGAUAGUGGCGAUUCAGGGAGCGAAAACUGGCUUCUACCUGGGCAUGAACAGCGAGGGAUUCCUCUACACCUCCGAGAAUUUCAACCCAGAAUGCAAAUUCAAAGAGAGUGUGUUUGAGAACUACUAUGUGACGUACUCCUCCAUGCUGUACCGCCAAAGCCAGUCUGGACGCUCGUGGUAUAUCGGCAUCAACCGGGAUGGCCAAGUGAUGAAGGGCAACCGCGUGAAGAAGACCAAAGCAGCCGCACACUUCCUACCUAAAGUCAUCGAAGUGGCCAUGUACAAGGAACCUUCACUGCAUGCGCUCGUAGCGGAGCAGAGUCCUCCACGCAAAACCGUAAAGACUUCAGACUCCCCGUCUCACCAGAACGGCAGGAAAGAGGCCCCCAGUGCUGACGCUUCAUAGCACAGGGGGCACACGCAGGGAGGGUGAGGGACUACAUAGACACUGAGAGCUCCAUUUUACUUCAUGCAGCGAGGGCAGGAAGAGCUGUGUGAGCGGCUGUUAGCUGUGGGUUUUUGAAUGGGGCAAGAUCAGACAGAUGAGCAGAGAAUCCCUGCCUCUCUCUGUCGAACUAGCUCACAUAUAUUUCCACUGACCCGGCAUGACACCUGAAUUCCCCCCCCCCC